AUGAGUGAUAAUAAAAGUGUUAGUAGUGCAUCAAGUAAUAGUUCAAAAAAGUCAUCGUCAAAGUCAAAAGGUCACCAACGUAACAUAUCGGUUGACAAGGAAAAGCAAACAUCACAAGAGAAUGAAAAGCUACACAAGAAAUUCAAUUUGGAUCCUGCAGAGGUUGUAGUAACAACGAUGAAGUGUUCACAUAAAGGUCGCUCUGGAAAGCUCUACGUAACUGAAUCACAUCUCUGUUUCGUCUCCAAGAUCGUCAUCAAGAUGUCAGAGAAAAAAAAGAUUGUUGCUUUCAGCGACGUUUUGGAUAUCGAGCACGACAAGAACAAACAGAUCGUGAAGCUUGUAAAGCGCAAUGGCAAAGCGAUGCCACUACACUUUAAAGAGUCAGAGUCGGCGUUCCUUCUCAUCGAGGGUCAAUGGGAAGCCAGUGGCAACCAAUCGAAUUCGAGACUUAGCUUCAGCAUCGACAGUAACAACAGCAACAAUCUAACGGCCAGUGGCAAUCACUUUACUGCGGCGCACGUCAAGCAUUUCAACCUACCAGAAACUGAAACACUCAUCAAAGAAUACAGAUGUGCUCAAAAGGGUGCAUUCAAUCAUUUCGGAAAGCUAUAUCUCUCACAAAGUUAUAUUUGUUUUUAUUCAGCACUAACAUCUGGUCAUCAAAAAACAAGAAUUAAAUUAAGAGAUGUAAUUCAAAUUUCUAUGCCUGAAAAGAGUAAGAAUUCAAUUCAAAUCGAUACAAAGACAGAAAAAUAUGUUUAUACAAAAUUCAAUGAUAAAAGAGAGUCAGUUUAUGAAUUACUUUCAAAACAAUAUGAAAUAGCAAAGGUUGCACCGGCUUCACAGAGUAAUACUCCACAGCAGUCGAGAUCACGUUCAAACUCUAUCGAUCAAUCUUUGGGCGCUGCACCAAAAGGUCACUUUAGAAAGGUUUCAUCAAAUUCAUCGUUGGAUACAAACAACAGUAGCGGUGUAACUAUUACUCCGAUCGGUGCAGGUGCAGGAGAGAGCAGUGAAAUCAAGCCAAACUCUAGAAGAAACUCAAUACAAAUCACCACUACCACCCCAACAAACACAACUACAACGACACCAAGUGUUUCACCUCAACAAAAGAGUAGCGCUACCAAUACAACACCAUCCUCGCAGACAAAGAUUGCUCAAAGAUUAGAUAAAAUCGAAAAUAUGAUAAAUAAUGAUAAAGAUGAAUAUUUAAGUAGUUUUCAUAAUAAAUUAAAACAUAGUGGAGGUUACGACGAUGAUAAAUCAAUGAAUUUAAAUUUACCAACAAAGAAUAUCGGUAUAAUAGGAAUAACAGGAAAUAGUAUUACCAAUAUGAGUGGGGGUUCCAGUCAACAAAGAAAUUCACCUUUCAUAAACUCUAUAAAUAAGAAUAUAUCAAGUAAUAAUAAUAGUACUUUUGAAAAGAAUAACAAUAAUAAUCUUUCAAUUUCAGAUACCGAUUCGAUAGACUCGAAUAUAUCUAUUUCUGAACUUAAACAAGAUACAGAUAAUAUUCAUUACAAUCCAAAACUUUCACUAAGAGAUUAUAUUGAGUUGUUGUUGAUUUUUGGAGAUGAUAGUACUCAACUAUAUCAUAUCCAAAGAGUUCUGGGGAAAAGGAUUGGAAAAAUUGAUUUAUAUCCUAAUAGUCCUAUUCAAUUUGGUUUUAGACCUUCAAGUAAUUUAUUAAUAAUUUCAUUAAUGUAUCUUCAAUUUACAAAGGCAAUUGCUAUUUUCUUUCUAUAUAAUUGUCUUGGAUUAGGAAUAAUGUUAUUCUUGGGCUAUUGGUCAUUCUAUUUAAGAGACACUAAUAUACCUCAUUGGAUCAAAGGAAUUGAAAGUGGAUUCUCAUCUGCUGGUGUUGGAUUUUUAAUUUUAUCAAUUUUUGAUAUGUUAAAAUCACAUAAUGGAUUACCUCUUGUUUUUAAAUCUUUUUAUACAAAAUCAAUAUUUCUUUUUGUUUGCUCAUUAUCUUUAUAUUAUAAUAAUUGGUUAUUAUUAUUAGCAUUGGUUUUGAUUGGCUCCUUAUUUAUUAUUUCAAUUCAUUUUCUUUUGAUAAAAGUUACACCUCGUCUAAAGUAUUUCAAUAUUCAUCAUAAUGUAGAUGUUGUAGAUUCAAAGGAUUGUAUAAACAAUGAGUAUAAUAACUAUACUUCAAUCAAAAAUGGAUGUGGUGUAUCUAAAUCACAAUCAGCCAUCUGCUUUUUAAUAUAUAUAUUGUUCCUCUUUACCAUUCAAAUAUGUGGUAUUGUUUAUCCGAAUUCAUUGGUUGCUCAGUUAGCCAAAACAUUCUUCAUUAUUGGAUCGGUGAUGAUAGGAGGCGGUGGAUAUUUUGUAUUGCCUUUGACUCUUUCAUCAAUAAGAGAAUUCAUUAGAAUCGAGGAGUUCUUCAAAGGUUAUACAAUAGUUCAAGUGUUACCCGGUUCCAUUAUGAACUUCUCAGCAUUCUUGGGUUCUUCCACAUUCAAUAUAGAAGUAGGAUUACUCCUCUGGUUUUGGUAA